UGACUUGAAAAACAUUAGAUCUCUUACAUUAACAGCCCAUGUCACUGUAAUAGGGACUAGAGCCGGGCUGUUGUUCAGUUUUCUAUUAUUUUAGCUUUGAAAUAACUGUUAGUGCUGCUCCAAAAUCUCCGUGUUUAAAAUUGUAUAUUGGCUGUCCCCCCAGGACUCGUAAGUAAACAAGAAUUCCUCAGAGAGAGAAGACUGUAAUAAUGGCGAACCCCCUAGGAAGAUAAUACCAGAGAAGAAUUCACUUAGACAGCCACUAUGGCAGCCCUGAACUCCAUCCUCUGACAUCUCAAGCCAAUAGACUGUGGCUUUCUAAUUGAAUUUUAGUCACCCUGCACCAAGUGGACCGACUUAUAACAGCUGUGCCAGACUCUGCUUAAACCAAGAAACAGUAUGUCUAGCAAGCACUGCGAUGAAGACUGAAAAUUGUGUGGCCAAAACAAAACUUGCCAAUGGCACUUCCAGUAUGAUUGUGCCCAAGCAACGGAAACUCUCAGCAAGCUAUGAAAAAGAAAAGGAACUGUGUGUCAAAUAUUUUGAGCAGUGGUCAGAGUCCGAUCAAGUGGAAUUUGUGGAACAUCUUAUAUCCCAAAUGUGUCAUUACCAACAUGGGCACAUAAACUCGUAUCUGAAACCUAUGCUGCAGAGGGAUUUCAUAACUGCUCUGCCAGCUCGGGGUUUGGAUCACAUUGCUGAGAACAUUCUGUCAUACCUGGAUGCCAAAUCACUAUGUGCUGCUGAACUUGUGUGCAAGGAAUGGUACCGAGUGACAUCUGAUGGCAUGUUAUGGAAAAAGCUCAUUGAGAGAAUGGUCAGGACAGAUUCUCUGUGGAGAGGCCUGGCAGAGCGAAGAGGGUGGGGACAGUAUUUAUUCAAAAACAGACCUCCCGAUGGGAAUGCUCCUCCCAACUCUUUCUAUAGAGCACUUUAUCCUAAAAUUAUACAAGACAUUGAGACAAUAGAAUCUAAUUGGAGAUGUGGAAGACAUAGUUUACAGAGAAUCCACUGCCGAAGUGAAACCAGCAAAGGUGUUUACUGUUUACAGUAUGAUGAUCAGAAGAUAGUAAGCGGCCUUCGAGAUAACACAAUCAAGAUCUGGGAUAAAAGCACAUUGGAAUGCAGGCGAAUUCUCACAGGCCACACGGGUUCUGUGCUGUGUCUCCAGUAUGACGAGAGGGUGAUCAUAACUGGAUCAUCGGAUUCUACAGUCAGGGUGUGGGAUGUAAAUACAGGUGAAAUGCUAAACACGUUGAUUCACCAUUGUGAAGCAGUCCUGCACUUGCGUUUCAAUAACGGCUUGAUGGUGACCUGCUCCAAAGACCGUUCCAUUGCUGUAUGGGAUAUGGCCUCCCCAACUGACAUCACCCUCCGGAGGGUGCUUGUCGGACACCGCGCUGCCGUCAAUGUUGUAGACUUCGAUGACAAGUAUAUUGUUUCUGCAUCUGGGGAUAGGACCAUAAAGGUAUGGAACACAAGUACUUGUGAAUUUGUAAGGACUUUAAAUGGACACAAACGUGGCAUUGCCUGUUUGCAGUACAGAGACAGACUGGUCGUGAGUGGCUCAUCUGACAACACUAUCAGAUUAUGGGACAUAGAAUGUGGUGCAUGUUUACGAGUAUUAGAAGGCCAUGAGGAAUUGGUGCGCUGUAUUCGAUUUGAUAACAAGAGGAUAGUCAGUGGGGCAUAUGAUGGAAAAAUUAAAGUGUGGGAUCUUGUAGCUGCUUUGGACCCCCGUGCUCCUACAGGGACUCUCUGUCUACGGACCCUUGUGGAGCAUUCUGGAAGAGUUUUCCGACUCCAGUUUGAUGAAUUCCAGAUUGUCAGUAGUUCACAUGAUGACACAAUCCUCAUCUGGGACUUUCUAAAUGAUCCAGCUACCCAAGCUGACCCUCCUCGCUCCCCUUCUCGAACAUACACCUAUAUCUCCAGAUAAAUAAUCAUACACUGACCUCAUACUUGCCCAGGACUCAUUAAAGUUGCGGUAUUUAACGUAUCUGCCAAUACCAGGAUGAGCAACAACAGUAACAAUCAAAUACUACCCACUUUCCCCAGACUAGCCGAGGAGCGGGGCUUUGAGACUCCUGUUGGGACACAGUUGGUCUGCAGUCGACCCAGGAGGGUCUGCUCAGCACAGCUGACUGCUUCCGUGCUGCUAUCAGAAGAUGUCUUUUAUCUUUCAUGAAUGAUUGGAACUUUGAAACCUCACCUCACUUCCCCUCCUCCUUUCCCCUCUGCACCCGUUUUUCCCUUACUUGGUUCCAGACAAAGAUGACUUAUAAAUAUAUUUAGUGUUUUGCCAGAAUCUCUCUUGCUUUGCCAUUAAGCAGAAGAACCAGUUUCCCGAUAUAGCAUGCUGGGAGAGACCCACUUCUAGGGGGUGCAACUUCCAGCCAGACAACGCCCAGUGUCUCCCCGUGAACUACAGGAAUGCCCAGCGCCUGGCAAGAUAGGUGCAGCCCCCCUGUGCUUAAGCGGAGACAGCUGUCUGUACAGCCUCUGGGGCACGAAAGAGAGACAAGAAUGCGCACACUGGAAGGUCGGGUCUCUUUCCUUACAUCUCUUUCUCUCUUUCUGUCCCUCUUUCCUCUCUCCCUCCACUCCCCUUCAACCUGUUUCUCUGCACCUGAGAAGAAAGAGUAUGAAGAGAGUAUCCUCAGUUAGCAUAAGACAAAUCAGCUAGAAAAUGCGACACUUGGAAGAGUUAAAUGCUGUUCAGUCAGAAUUUCAAACCUAGGCUUUUGCUGCAAGUGACCCUAUGUGACAACAGUAGGUUCUCAGACAUGGUACUCUCAUCAUAUUUGCAACUCUUCUCUCUUCUCCUAAGACGCACCCCCCUUCCCCCAAAAAAGGUGGGGAGCAGAAAUUUCCUGGGCUCCAUCAAUGACCACAUCUUUUCUGGACUCAGCAGUCUCCUUGAUUCCAUGUAGAGUGUGGAAAGGAGUUGCUGAUUGCAUUUCCUCUCAUUAACAAUUAGAUGUGUAAUAAAAAGCAUUGUCCUUCAUCUUAAAUCACUGGCAAGGCUCAGCCUACAGAAAGGUUUGAAAUGGCCAGAGCCAGUGGCUCGGUGCGUUCUGCGUAAUGGUUCACAUCUCUGAUUUCCUUACCAGGGCCUGUGAGCACACAGGCGCCUGCAUCUUUGCCAAGACCGCAGUCAGUGGCUUAAGAGGUGGCCAGGAGUAAAAGUUGAUUUCUUUUUCAUUUAGGUCAGUAAAUAUCAUUUCUCAAAAAUCAAGCUAAUCAUCUCAACCUUGCACUGCAGAACCUUCUGCUUUUCCCAAACCUGGUAUUUACAAAGGGCAAAGCUGCCAGAGAGAACAGAUCAGGGUGAAGUCUGGCACACAGGGUUUAUUAUGGGGCAGAAACUGCCUUCUCUUUCCUUUUCUUCCUCCUCCAGGUCUUAUUGACUCUCCACUCUCCCCAACCAGUAAAGUUUCUCUGGCAGCUGGUGAACAGCAUAAACAAAUGGACCUCAGCAAGGCCCAAGCUGACCCAGCCACUUGAAAGGCUGGGCUGUCAGUGUACGGCACGUGUGCCACCCCAACCUGGGAGCAUUAGGGAAUACUGCCAGCCUGUGCCCCUUGUUUCCUGGGCAGGAGCGGCCCUCCACCGCCAUUUCAAGUGGCAUGGACACACCCAUUAAAGGCCAUAGCACAGCCUCAAGUUUCCUUGGAAGCUAAGCUUCAGGCCCAUUGUGUCCAUUCCUGAUCAAAGCAGGAGGGGAGCCAGUUGCAGGUGACCUCAAGGCCAGGCCACCUUUAGUUUAGCAGAGGAAGGGGGGAGAGAAAGCCAUCUUCACUCUUACCUCUGAUUUGCAAGAAGGUAUCCUCUUCCCAGAAAAAGAGGGUAUGCUCUUCCCUUUUAAAAUUACACAUUAAAAGGCAGGUUGUGCAUAUGCAUUUUUCAUUCCUGCUUUAUGAGUGCUUUUAAGCUUUUAGUUCCAGGUUAACAGUCAGAAAAUACUUCCCGGUGUAAUGAUAUGUCAUUGCCUAGGAAAUAUUUUCUGAGUGUAAUUCCCUUCCCAACUACCCAAACGCUACAGAGAAACUUUUUCUAUCUAGUCACUAUCAGGGUUCCCUGUCUAUUGUGUUGACUAUUAAUGGCUUCUUGGGAUUGGUGAAGGAUUCUGCUAUAGAUGAAGCAGAGGGCCGUCAGCCCUGAAAAACACAGGCCAGGCAUUAAAGAAGCACGGAUUUUAAGCUAUUUCAAAAUAUUGUCCAACAGCCAUAACUUUACUAGCCCUUCUGUUAUAUGCUGCUGUUCAAAAGUGGAAGCUGUUGAAUAUUCAUUGGUGCCCGGGGUUUUGCUCUCCCAUCUAGGUUCAGUUGAAAGUAGAUUGUUUCUGAGAUUGUUCUGAAGCUUGUCCAGUACAUCAUAAAUGAGAUUGAGGUGGGCCCUGCAGUCUGGAGCCAUUAGCUCCGUUGAGGAUAUUCUCCAAGUUGUCCUUUGCUGCUGAUGAAAUGGGAAUGAAGUUAAGUGGUCUGAAAAACUUGAGUCAGUCACAUUCUCAGCUCUGGGGGUCAUUUACCAGUUCAUUGUAGAAGAAAUAAUCAGGUAAGUAGAAGUUCAUUUCCAGAGAAGGUAAACCCCACUUACCAUCUCUGCAUGAUUUCAGUGGGAAUGGAUUAUCACUAAUCCCCAACUGGGCUAGAAUAAAUGUAAAGUUUGACCUUUUUAAAAAGAGAAACAAAGAAAGUCUCAGCACAUUUAAAGGAAUGGUAGAAAAGGAACUGGCGGUGUCUCUGGGCUCUGAAAUGAAAUGUCUCCAUUGUAGAUUAGUCUCUUCUCACUAAAAUUCCAAUGUGGGCCUGAAAGAAACAUUUCUUAAAGGUGGGAGGAAGCCCCUUCCAAGGUGGGGAAGGGGCGUGUGCAAGCAGGCUCUGGGAUGUGUGCAAGCUCUCCGUUCAUACUGGGGAUGCCUGGACAAAACCAGCAUGCCUUGCUGCACGUGUGUGUAUUUCCACCCGAGAACAUCCCUUUACUUUCCUAUGUGCAGUUUGAAAGUAAAUGUGAAUUGUGAAUGGGAGGCCUUUUACAUUUGUCCCUUGGCAAAAUUCUUUCUGGUGAUUCUUUACCAGAAACUUCAGAGACAGGGACUCUCUGGAACUCUAAAUAAUAAAGUCUGGGCUUCAUAACUUGUUUCCAAACUGAAAAAGACCCUGGGACCCUGAAAUCAUUCUGUUUUCUGCCUGAGUAAGAAAAAUCCUUUUUAUUUUGUAAAAUCAAAAGCUGAAGAGAAGAAAGUAGGCACUCUUCUCCGAUGCCGUCUCUUGGUAUCCAUUGGUCUAAACAGCUGGGGUUGAUCUCCUUCUUAGCAUUUGACUAUGUAUGGAAACAAAGGGCUUGGGAUGGAGAGGGAGGGGUAUAUUGGAAAUAAUUAGGGCGAUUUUUUUUUCUUUCCUAGAAUUAGAUUAAAUGCCUUGGUAUUGUUGACCUUCUUGGCAUCCUCCAUUUACCUGAGAUGGUAAUACCUUCCUACGUGAAGUGGGAGCAGUCCAAUCCAGAAUAGUGCCAGCCUGUGGGGCUAGGCUACAAGCUUGAUUCUCGAGGAAUCCAAGGUACUUCCAAGUAGAAAAAGGGAUGCUUAGAUCACCACCACCACCUGUGACCGGCAAGUUCUUUGGUCAUCAGGUUUACCAUAUGACAUUAAAGUCACACAUUUCUGAUCUCCUUCCCCGUUUGGGUGAGUUCAAGCUGAAGAACAUGGAAAGGUGCCCGUGCUUCGCCUUGCCUUCCUCACUACCGUCCUAGAAUAACAACUCUCACGACUAACACGUGCACCCAGGGCCUGCAGGCUGAGUCCCUCUCCCUGGGCUCCAGCCACACAGCUGACCACGGACAGCCCAGAGCCCCUGACUUUCUCCACAGUCUCAACACAAUCGGUGGCAGAAAGACAGCCAUGUCUUAGGGCAACCCAGCUGAGCUUUGCUGCUUGUUACUUUUACCUGUAGUUCAUUUGUGAUUUCAGAAUUCUUAAACUGAGGAAAGAAACCAAAAGGGCAUGAUUAUGGCUACCUGAUUUCAGGUGGAACUUAAUGCAUUGAUAUCCUAAAACCUCUGUGUUGGAAGUUGGGUACCAAUGAUCUGAAAUUUCCUAGAGGCAGAUGGUAUCUAAACUAUGUGCUCUCCAGCUGACUUUUAGCUGCUGAUCGGCCGUGUCUGUGUUUAGGGAUGAGUGUAGUAAAUAGUAUUAUAAAGCAUCACCUCCCCUCUAUCCCUUUCCCUUCUUGGACACUGAAGGAAAGACCAACAAGGAAGGUUAGACCUCUGGGUACCAAGGAAACUGUUACCGUCCCAAAUUAGUGAUCACUGAAGCCCACCCCAGACUUCUGAGGGCUUCUCACUAGACUCCCACUAGGGGCAGGCCUGGCAACAGAUGUUGAGCCCUUUGUUCUCUAGACUUAAGUACUGACUGCUUUGACUUUUGUGAUUAUGUUUUGGUGAUGUGUAGUCAAUGUACCAAUUAUGUUCACAACCUAGGAUCAUGAUAAUAGAGUGUGUUUUGCUUUUUUUUAACUGUUCAGAAAAAAGUAACU